UCUUAUUUUUCCCCUAUAUAUACUCACUUCCCUGUUCCUAACUCUUCCCACCUCCUCCUCUCUAUCUCUCUUUGUCUUUUCAUCAAACACCUUCUAUUCAUCAUCAUCAUCAUCAAUGGCUGUUUCUGGAUUUGAAGGAUUUGAAAAGAGGCUUGAGCUACACUUCUCUGGCGAUGAUCCAGUCAUCCGAAUGGGUGGUCUGCGACGAUUGGAUUUUGAAUCAAUUAUACAAGUGUUAAAUGCGGUACAAUGCACUGUAGUAUCAGCUGUUGGUAACCAAUACUUUGAUUCUUACGUACUUUCAGAAUCAAGCCUCUUUGUUUACCCAACUAAAAUUAUUAUCAAAACAUGUGGAACUACUCAGCUCUUGAAAUCAAUUCUCCCAUUGAUUCAAUUCUCGUCUGAAUUGGGAUUUGUUAUGAGUGAAUGUAGGUACACUAGAGGCAAUUUCAUUUUCCCUAAAGCUCAACCUUACCCACACACAAAUUUCAAGGAUGAAAUCUUCUAUUUACAAGAACAAUUACCAAUUCAUCUUUGUUACACAAAAGCCUCUGUUAUGCCUUCGAAAUUCAUUUCUCAUUCUUGGCAUGUUUUCACUGCUUGUGACAAAUUUUACGAAGAACCUAAUAACGAUCUUUUCACCAUGGAGAUUUGUAUGACAGAGCUUGAUCGAGUACUUGCUAGGAAGUUUUUUAAGCAUCCAAAUAUGGCUUCAAAUGAUAUGACUGAGAUAACGGGUAUUUCGGAAAUUAAUUUAAAUGCUUUGAUUUGUGAUUUUGUGUUUGAUCCUUGUGGAUAUUCCAUGAAUGGAAUUGAUGGAGAUCGUUACUCUACUAUUCAUGUAACCCCUGAAGAUGGUUUUAGUUAUGCAAGUUAUGAAUGUGUCGGGUCAAUCUACGAUGACCCGAAUGAUAUUAUUAACAUAUUGAAGAAAGUGGUGCAAGUUUUCCGGCCGGGGACUAUGUCGAUUUCGACUACGUCGACGAGCAAUGAGGUUUGGACGAGAGUUGCUAAAGCUGUUGAGCCACUGGGAAUGAAAUGCCGGAGCUGCACAAUGGAUGAUUUUCCGUCAACCGGAAGCGUGGUGUUUCAGACUUUUACGUCUUGCCGGAAGUAGGUGGCGAUGCAGAGGCAGCGGCGGUGAUGGUGGUGGUGGCAACAUGGUGGUAUUAUGGUAGAUAUGUGGUUUUUGAGAAGUAAAGGGAGGAAGUAGGGAACCUUUUUUUUUCUUCUUCUUGUUUUUUUUUUUGUAUUUUUAUUUUAUCUUAUUUUAAUUUUUGUUAGAGUUUUUAGUUGAAAAUUUUUUAAUUAAAAAGAAGUAGAAAAUAUUGAUGCAUGAGUUGGAUUGAAUGGUAGAUGAUCUUGAUGAUCAAUGUAAGCUUUGACUUGUGUAGAGUGAUGCAAGUAAAUUUUCACCAUAAGAUUAUCCUAAGAGUUUUCUAUUAAAAAAUAUUCAUUAA